AUGACCCGUGGUUCCGCCACUCAGCUUACUGCAGUUGGCCGACCUCCUAGACGUGCCCGAUUGCGGGCUGUCGCUCAGCCACUGUAUUCGUCGCCAGCUGCCGCCCUACGCGGGCUGAGGCCAACCUACUACAACAGUGCCUCAACGCCACCAAACGAUAACAGCGAACCCACUGAGUCCACUAAGCCUUAUGAGCCCGACAAACCAAACCAAUGUGGCCCCUCACCCACACCACCACAGCCAUCACCGCAACCAGACCGCUCCAUCGAUGACCAAGAUUCCGAGUCUUGCAUGGCUGCUGCUUUUCUCGCGCUCGACGAUGGAAUCCAGCCUGACUUGCACCCGACAGCGCUCUACACCUAUUCCGGCACGACCAGCGAGCUCGGUCGAGGCAAGGCCAUGGCUUUGGAUCUCUCGUUUCUUCAUCAAGCAUCGGACAACGAAUUCCAGCCAACAAAGCUCCCUCUCACCGACACAGAUGCAUCCUCUACAGUUGACUGGUGUUUCGAUGAGCCGUCACAUUUCGUCUUGUCUCCUAGCUCUGUCGAGCUUCCAGCCCUAAGUCUUGCCGCACCUACGGACAACGCGUCGGAACCUUCAAACGGCGGCAGCAGUACUGCAUCACCGUGCACAUGCCUAGCUACGGUCAUCAACCUGCUGCUUCAUAGAACUUUUGCCUUCCAAUUUGCCAUCAAGAUUCUUACGAUACAACUCAACAAGUCAACGCAAAUCAAUACACCGAAAAUGCUACUCAACGCCCUGUUUCUGUUCAGUGCUGGCUUCAUUGGCUCUGCUCUGGGAUACCACGAAGGUGACAAGAUCUAUGCUCAGGCUAGCGACAUCGACCUCGGCCACGGAACGACUAUUUUCGGAGGCGUUAAGUACGCAUUCGAGGCACCACCCGGCGACGAGCAUUGGUACAUCACCAACUCAAACGGAACGGAGACCCCCCACUGGAAGUACCUUCCCAACCUCAAGGCCAGCGCGCCGGCCCCCUUCUCUGCGGGUUCUGUCCCUGCGGAUUCCAUCACCAGCGAGGCUGGAGCCGGUCUCGACAAGCGCCAACGACCACCGGAUUACAUGAACUACUAUAACUUGGCGAAUUGCAACGACUUCGAUGCCCAAGACAGGCCAGUCACGCUCAACCGAUGUGUCUACAACAGGGCGUUGGUAGCAUGGUCGUCGUCCUUCACGCCAGCUGGGUCAACCUGUCGCUUCAUUGUCAACUACUAUAACUCCGGCUGCGGUCCGGGAUCAACCUGCUCCGGGUACAUUACGCAGACCUUCGACUGGGCCGGAUGCUUCAACCCCCCAAGGAUAUUUUGCUCCACGUUUGCCACCUGUUGCUUGUCUGGCUGCUAA